AUUAUUUUUUUUUUGUUAUUGUUGUUGUUGUUGGACGUGCGUAUGAGUAUAAAUACUUUUUUCUCUUUCUCUUUCUUUUUCUUUAUUCCUUAUUCAGUUUAAAAAUGUCUACAAGUAGUGACGAAGCAGCAAAUAAAAGGCAAAGAGUAAGCCGUGCAUGUGACCUCUGUAGAAAGAAAAAGAUAAAGUGUAAUGGUGAAUCUCCCAUCUGCGGUAACUGCAAAGCAUUUCACUUGGCUUGCUCUUAUAAAGAUACAACAAAAAAAAGAGGUCCCCCUAAGGGUUAUAUUGAAGCCAUUGAAAAUAGACUGCAUAAACUAGAAGGGUUUCUGCAUGACAUAGCAAAUGAAAAUGACCCAAGAACAAUAGAGCUCCUUCAGGAACUUCAAGCACCCUUAGAAACACCUACAGGGGAACAAAUCAAUACUCGCCCUCAACGUAGACAAAAACGUAGACAGACCAAGAAGGACCCUAUUGAUUCACCUAUCUCUGUCCUGUAUAGCCCCACACUCAGCCAUUCUGAAUUAGACAACACAAGUACGAUUGGAUCACCUUCUCCUCAUCAAGAAGGACUGGUUGGCUCAUUAACCAUGGAUGAAAAUGGCCUUGUUCGUUACCUUGGUAAAUCUUCUGGUUUCUAUCUCUUGUCCAAUAGCCGUACUUAUCAAAAUGGCACUUUCCAUUUCUCUGGUUAUCGUCAUAAACACAAAUCCUAUGAUGAGGAUGACAGCCGAUCAGAAAAACGCCAUGUCAUUGAUCCUCUUGAAUUGCCACCUAAGGAUUUAUCAGAACACUUGAUUGUCUUGUAUUUUACUCAUUUCUAUCCUAUCUUGCCAUUGUUCUAUAAGCGCAAAUUGGGAUGCGUCAAGUCGCCUUCAAGUCCUGUAUCGCCCUUGUUGCUGAAUGCCAUUUAUGCGCUUGCUUCUCGCGUAUCUCCCGAUAAACGUGUGCGAUCUGACCCUCAUGCACCUGACACAGCUGGCGAUAUCUUUUUUGAACGUGCGCGUUGUCUGUUAGAUGAAUACUAUGAUACACCUCGUAUCUCUACCAUUCAAGCCUUGUUGCUCAUGGCAAGUCAUCAGAUGGGUGCCAUGAAACCUGCUCGAGGCUGGCUUUAUAGUGGCAUGGCUUUUCGUAUGGCUCAAGAUUUAGGCUUGAACCGCAACUGUGACCAUUGGAGUAUCCUGCCUGAAGAACGGGAACGCCGCAAACGUGUCUUUUGGUGUUGUUAUGUUGUGGACCGUAUCACAAGUGCUAUCUAUGGUCGUUCGUCCAACUUUGAAGAACGCGACUGUGAUGUUCCUUUUCCGUCUGUUGACGAUGACGAGCCAAUCAGAUCCAAAGAAGAUUCAUCUAGACCUUCUGCAGGUCUUUUGCAAGUGUUUAUUGAAACCAUCAAAGUGUGUGAUAUCCUAGGCCAUGUGUUGAAGAAUAUUUAUUAUGUUAAGGCUAAAUACCAUACAACAGAUCCUCAGCACAUUGAUCAUAUCCUGACCACACUCAACCGGCAAUUGACCGAAUGGCACGCUCAUCUGCCUGAAGCCUUACAGUACCAGCCACCCAACACACAAAAUGGCGAAAAAGGGCCUGAUCCACCUGCUCCUAUUUGUCAGCUUCACUUGAUGUACUACACCACCAUGAUAUUACUGCACCGUUCAUUUAUCCCUGGACCCACACAAAAGCAGUUGCCUAUCUCACUACCAUCCUACAAGAUAUGCGAAUCAGCAGCCACCUCUAUACUAGACAUUGUCAAUAUUAUGCUGAGUGAAAACCACUUGAGGUACAUGUAUAACUUUUCAGUGUUCUAUGUGUUUACGGCUGGUAUCAUCUUUAUCAAACUUGCUUCGUCAGAUGACGCGGGAAGAUCGUUUGAUGCUAAACUGAAUGUGAACCGUGUGAUGCGUGCCUUGGAUGAACUAGAGAACACUUGGUUAAAUGCAGCUAGAUGCAGUAAUAUUUUGGGUGAAUUGGCCGGAUUGCGUGACAUUAAACUCGAACGAGACAAAUAUGUACCAAGACAGAUCAGCAAAUCAAGUCCUCCACCUUCUAUUGCUGUACCCAACUCACCUAUCCUCAGCACUACUGUACUACCUAAACAAGCAGAUGACAAAGACAUGACUUAUUCCUGGCCUCCUCAUCAACAAAUAUACAUGCACAAUAUCUCGUCUGUAAGGCAAUCUGUUCAGGACAACACAUCAAAAGAAGAAAAAGGUUAUUUUGACAUGAAGACUACACUUGAUCCAUUUGAAGCACCGGGUAUCAUUCCACAUUCUCAACCUCAAGAAUUUGAUCUUUUGGAAACAGCAUUUUGGGGCAUGCCAACUUCUUUAGAUACACACGAAUGGGAUGCUUAUUUUGGUAAUCUAACUAACCAACGACAAGAAAAGCAACAAGUCGAAUCUUAUUUAUUAUCCUCAGAUACAUCAAGUACAUUACAACAACAGGCUGCUUCUUUUAUGUUUACUUCUACACCACAAGAACACCAAAGACAAUCCUCAACGAAUUCUGCUACGUCUGCAGAUAUACCUCAUUCACCUUCUCAAAGUAUAUUAUUUGGUUUUAUGAACAAUAGACAACAACAACAACAACACCAACAACAACAACAACAACAACAACAAGAACCUAUUCUUGUUUCUUCACCUACAUCUAUGAUGCAACAUGCUUUCUCUCCUUCCUUAAAUACCCCACAUAAGCCUACAAAUGUUCUUUAUUGGUAG